AUGACAGCGAACGAUUACGGACAUAUUAAUAAUCUUGGCAGAGCACAUACAAAUGCACUUAAACAAGGAUGGAUCGGUUUGAUCGAAGCUAUAAGCAAAGAAACAUCAUUACAAGAUAAUCAAAUAGCUGAUUCUGUCUAUGGAGAUGAAUUAUUUCGUGCUAUUGGCUAUGAUAAUCCAGAUGUACUUUUACUUCGAUGGCUUCGUUCUCGUAAAUGGAAUGUUAAAGCUGCUGUUAAUCAAAUAAUAGAGACACUUAAGUGGCGACAUGACUGGGGUGUUCAAGAACUUGUCGCUAAUGGUGAAAGAGCUAUUUCUCAAGAAGAAAUAGCAACAGGUAAGACUUAUUUCAUGGGUCAUGAUAGAGUAGGUCGGCCAGUUUGUUGCAUCCAUCCAAAAGAACAUAUCAAAGGUCAAUUUCCUCACGAAUAUAGUGAAAAAUUAAGUGUCUUUUGUGUUGAAACCUAUCGUAAGCUGCUGCAACCACCAAUGGAAUCUGUAACAGUCGUUUUUGAUAUGGCUGGUUGUGAAGCGAAAAACAUGGAUCUUCAUCAGAUUAAAUUUCUUAUUACUCUACUUGACAACUAUUAUCCAGAUUCACUGGGUCAAAUACUUAUUCUUAACUUUCCUUGGAUAUUAGGCAAAAGUUGGACUAUAAUUAAAGGUUGGUUAAAUCCAACUGUGCAAAAGAAAGUACGAUUUAUUCAAAGUGAAGAAGAAUUGAACGAAUUAAUUGAUCUAUCAGUUCUUCCUAAAAGAUUGUAUGGUGCUCAACCAGAUUUUAAAUACAUUUCAUCGACUGCUGAAGAUGAAGCUAUGUUUAAUGUUUUUCGAGCUGAUGCACAAGGCAAAGCAAUUGCUGAAGCAGAACAUCGGGAUGCUGUUCGACAUUAUUUGAAUAUUACGUUACAAUGGGCUAAUGGCAAUGAAAGUCAUCAUAUAUUAUUAGAAAGAAAAAAGGCUCGAAAACAACUUAAACAUGCAUUUGAACAACUUUCUCCUUAUAUUAGUACUCGUACUCAUUAUCAUCGUGUUGGAGUAAUCAAAGAACCUAUUUUUCAAAUUACAUAUGAUAAACUUGUGCAUGGUAAAGAGGAGUCAAGUAUAACAUUCUUUUAA